AUGGCUGGAUCGAGGAGCGGCUUGAUCCUCGUGAUCUUGACGAUCGCGUGGUUCCGGCCGGCGGUCGGGGUCAAGGACCACCACGUGGCCGCCUUGAACGGGACCAGUGACACGGCCCAGGACGACGAGCUCGCGAACGAAGUGUCGUUCGUCAACGACGAUACGAUGGACCAUCCCCAUACGAUGCCUGGGAAGCCCAGCAAGUUCGAUCUGAACGAUAACCAGGUGAUACAGACGGAUGACAAGGCGCAGUAUCAGAUCGAGGCGAGCAGAAUGGAGAACGCAACGGCGGUCCCAGGCGCGAACGAUUGUCAAGACGAUUCUGCUACCACGUGCACCCGAAAGGAUACGAACCAACAGAUGGACAGAUUGUCUAGGAUCGAUGUUCACAACGCUACAGAGCAGAUAACAAGGAGCAAGGACGCAUCAGGCUCUGUCCCGAGGACCGACGAAAAAGGUAACGACCGGCCGGAGGCGAGCCUUCUCGAUAAUGUUCGCCGGUUCGCCAGGGAACACGUAGUAAAGAUACGGCUGAGCCAGGACUUAAUCCCCUCUAGAAACGCUAGAACCUUCUUCAACGCGUUUGGCCUGAAGAAGCUGCUGCUGCCGCUGAUAUUCGGCGUGCAGAUCAUUAAGAGCGUACUGCUCGCACUUUUCCUGCCCAGCAUCAUCGGGAGUCUUGGUAAUAUACUCGGCAAAGGUGUCUCAUCGUUCGCGCAGUCGGCGCAAACCACUGCGCAACCGGAAGAGAGUUUCGAAUUCAAGGACAAUUCCGAUCUCUAUAACGACGAUUACCUGACCCGUCAGCCGGUAGGAACGUUACCUGCGUCUGCGAUGUACGACGAGAGUAUGCUCCAGAAGAAUCCCGAGAUUUCGUCGCGGUAUUCGUUCGUCGAUCCCAGAAUAACGCACGCAAACGCCAUUUCGGAUCGUUAUUACACACGGCACGUUGCCAUGAACGGGCUCUCGAGUAAAAAGCAGGACUUUAAGGUGUUCCACGAGAUCCCGACGAGCUCGUUGAUGCUGACCAACUACGAUCCCUUCUACUCGCCUCUUCUGUCGCGUCUCGACGCCGUGUUCUCCCGUUUGGGCCACACCACGGAGGGUUGCCGGGAGCACAUGGUCUGCGCGAUGUAUCGAAGCCCGGCCAGGUACGCGCCGUACUCGAAUCUGGUCUCGGCCCAGCUGUCCAGGGAGCUGAACGAGCUACGAAGGCCGAGCAGCGACAAUCCGGACGUCCUACGGUUCUUCCGGUACAUGAAGGCCGCGAAGGACGGCCAGGACGGCGUGAAGUGCGAGGACGCGUACACGAAUUGCGCGAUCGCGCGUGAGGACGAGAGUCACAGACAGAAUCAGGCGAUUCUGGCGACCUAUCAGGACAUCGACAAGCUUGUCCACGCGAGGAAUUUGUAG